GAAAAUAAAAUAAAAACAAAAAGCAUCUAAACCGAAGAUAUUAUUUCUUGAAAAACCGACGACGAAAGAACGAACCACGAAGAAAAAAAGGACGACUGGCAGCGGCCGCGCCCCAGAUCGGAAACUUCACCGGAGCUGAAUCAGUUACAAUAAUGGCUACUAAUUUGUUUGUAAUAGUCAUAAUCGCCUCUCUGCAUCUAAUUGCUUUUGUUUUCGCCAUCGGAGCUGAAAUGCGCCGGAGCACGGCAGAGGUAGUGCCGGAUAAGUACGACGAGACUACUUAUUGCGUUUACGAUUCCGAUGCGUCGACGGUGUACGGUCUUGUAGCGUUUGGUUUGUUACUGAUUAGCCAGACAGUGCUUAUGGUAGUUACAAGGUGUCUCUGCUGUGGUAAAGGCUUGAAAAGCGGAGGAUCUACUGUUUGUGCAGUCAUCUUCUUCAUCAUUUCUUGGCAUCUCUUCUUAGGAGCUGAGUCCUUAUUGCUGGCUGGGUCUGUGAGGAAUGCCUACCACACCAAGUACAGAUCAUCAUUGCCUCUCAAUAACUUGUCGUGUGCCAUGCUUCGCCGUGGGGUGUUCGCCGCUGCAGCGGCUUUGACAUUUCUGUCAUUGGUGUUUUCAAUCCUUUACUACUCGAUGCACUCGAGAGCCGACACCGGAGGCUGGCAAAAGCAUCAGAAUGAAGGCAUUGGCAUGGGGCCUUCUAAUUUACCACAACAAGAGCUGCACGAGCGGAGAGCAGAAGAAUUCGAAAAGGUUUAGCUAUAACAGGAUUUAAUCAUUUGAUUUUAUGCUGGGAAAGACAGGUAUAACAAAAAUAUCAACUUGUUGCUAAAUUAUGAAUAUGUAAAGUGGUAGCUGAUCUAUAUCAUAUAUGUUUUGGUUUUAACCUGUGGACUCCAAGAUUCAUUGCUUAGUGAAUUUUGGACCAUUCAUCUACACAUAAACUCCCAAUAUAUUAUUGUUGUUAUUAUUAUUAUUAUUAUUUGGGUAUAUAAGGUUUGGUAUGCUUUUUAGUUUGUU